CCGCUGCCGCGCUGAGCCGAGCCGCCGCCCGGGGAGCGCCCGGCCGCCCGCCCGCCAGCAUGGCCCGCUGGGUCCCCACCAAGCGGGAGAAGUACGGGGCCGCAAUCUACAAUUAUGAGGCUGUCCAAGAUGUGGAGCUCUCCUUGCAGGUUGGUGAUACGGUUCACAUUUUGGAGAUGUAUGAAGGUUGGUACAGAGGAUACACCCUCAGGAAUAAAUCGAAAAAGGGCAUCUUCCCCAAAACUUACAUUCAUUUAAAAGAAGCAACUGUGGAAGACCGAGGACAACAUGAAACAGUGAUUCCAAGUGAACUGCCCCUUGUUCAAGAACUCACUUCCACGCUGAGGGAGUGGGCAGUUAUCUGGCACAAGCUGUAUGUGGACAACAGGAUGACACAAUUUCGGCAUUUACAGCAAAUGACCUAUUGCCUGAUAGAAUGGAGAUCGCAGAUACUCUCUGGGACCCUUCCCAAAGAUGAGUUGGCAGAACUCAAGAAGAAGGUCACUGCGAAAAUUGACUACGGCAACAGGAUUUUAGGGCUGGAUCUAGUGGUGCGAGAUGACAAUGGAAACAUCCUGGACCCGGAUGAAACCAGCACGAUCACUCUCUUUAAGUCCCAUGAGAUGGCAUCCAAAAGGAUCGAUGAAAGGAUCCAAGAGGAGAAGUCUCUGCAACAGAAUGUAGACCUCCGAGGGCAGCCAGUAUUCAACUCAACACACACCUAUGGCCUGUAUGUGAACUUCAAGAACUUUGUCUGCAACAUUGGAGAAGAUGCAGAGUUGCUCAUGAGCCUCUAUGAUCCCGACCAGUCGAAACUGAUCAGUGAAAAUUACCUGGUUCGUUGGGGCAGUAAUGGGAUGCCGAAGGAAAUUGAGAAACUUAAUAAUCUCCAAGCGAUCUUUACAGACCUGAGCAGCUCUGACCUGAUUAGGCCCAAAAUCAGCUUGGUGUGUCAAAUUGUGAGAGUGGGGCACAUGGAGCUAAAAGAUGGGAAGAAACACACUGGUGGGCUCCGGAGACCGUUUGGGGUGGCAGUAAUGGACAUUACUGAUAUCAUACAUGGGAAGGUGGAUGAUGAGGAAAAGCAACACUUUAUUCCUUUUCAGCAAAUCGCCAUGGAAACCUACAUUAGGCAGCGACAGCUAAUCAUGUCUCCUCUAAUGACUUCCCAUGUGAUCGGUGAGAAUGAGCCUCUCACUUCGGUCUUCAACAAAGUCAUCGCUGCAAAGGAAGUGAAUCAUAAAGGGCAAGGCCUCUGGGUCUCCCUGAAGCUGUUACCUGGAGACUUAGCCCAGGUUCAGAAGGAUUUUUCUCAUCUUGUCGACAGAUCGACUGCAGUGGCUCGCAAAAUGGGAUUCCCUGAGAUUAUUCUGCCCGGUGAUGUUCGAAACGACAUCUACAUCACGCUGAAAGAAGGGGAGUUUGACAAAGGGAAGAAGAAGACUCCCAAGAAUGUAGAGGUCACCAUGUCUGUGCAUGAUGAAGAUGGCAACCUCUUGGAGAAAGCUAUCCAUCCAGGUGCUGGUUAUGAAGGGAUCUCCGAAUACAAGUCUGUUGUUUAUUAUCAAGUCAAGCAGCCUUGCUGGUAUGAAACUGUAAAGGUGUCUAUUGCAAUUGAAGAGGUCAGUCGUUGCCAUCUGAGGUUUACGUUCCGUCACCGAUCAUCACAGGAAUCCAGGGAUAAAUCGGAGAGAGCUUUCGGGGUGGCCUUUGUGAAACUGAUGAAUGCGGAUGGAACAACUCUGCAGGAUGGCAAACACAAUUUAGUCAUUUACAAGGGCGAUAACAAGAAAAUGGAAGACGCUAAAUUCUACUUAACUCUUCCUGGCACAAAAGUGGAGGAGGAGAAGGACGGCCCCCCAGGCAAAAACCUGCACCACUUGGCCAACUUCACGCCCACUAAAGACAGCACGAAGGACAGCUUCCAGAUUGCCACUCUCAUCUGCUCCACCAAACUGACCCAGAACGUUGACCUGCUGGGUUUGUUGAACUGGCGUUCUAACUCUCAGCACAUAGCGCACAACCUAAAGAAGCUAAUGGACGUGGAAGGAGGAGAAAUUGUAAAGUUUUUACAAGACACACUUGAUGCACUUUUCAACAUAAUGAUGGAGAUGUCAGACAAUGAAACAUAUGACUUCCUUGUGUUCGAUGCACUGGUAUUUAUUAUUUCUCUGAUCGGAGACAUCAAGUUCCAGCAUUUUAACCCUGUACUUGAAACUUAUAUUUACAAGCACUUCAGCACCACCCUGGCUUAUGUGAAACUCACCAGAGUACUGAACUAUUACAUACGAAAUGCAGAUGACUCCAGCAAGACAGAAUUGCUGUUCGCUGCCCUGAAAGCCUUGAAGUAUCUGUUCCGAUUCAUCGUCCAGUCACGGGUGCUGUACCUGAGGUUUUAUGGGAAAGACGAAGAUGGGGAUGAGUUUAACAAUGCAAUCCGCAAGUUGUUUUUCUCCUUCAAUGUCCUCAUGGACCGACCGCUAGAGGAGGCUGUCAAGAUUAAGGGCGCAGCUUUAAAAUACUUACCAAGCAUCAUAAAUGACGUCAAACUGGUAUUUGAUCCGGUUGAGCUCAGCAUCCUCUUCAGCAAAUUUAUCCAAAGUAUCCCUGACAACCAGUUAGUUCGGCAGAAACUCAACUGCAUGACCAAGGUAGUGGACAGUGAUCUGUUCAAACAAUCCGAAUGCAGAGAUGCUCUCCUGCCUCUGCUAAUAGAUCAGCUAAGUGGCCAACUGGAUGACAAUUCAAACAAGCCUGAUCAUGAGGCCUGCUCUCAGCUCCUCAGUAACGUUCUAGAAGUGCUUGACCGGAAGGAUGUGGGGCCCACUGCAGUUCACAUCCAGCUGAUCAUGGAGCGCCUGCUGAGGAGAAUAAACCGGACGGUGAUUGGAAUGAGCAGACAGUCUCUGCAUAUUGGUAGUUUUGUAGCCUGCAUGACAGCCAUCCUGAGACAGAUGGAUGAUUUCCACUACAACCACUACAUCAGCACUUUCAAAACCAGACAGGACAUUAUCGACUUCCUGAUGGAAACCUUCAUCAUGUUUAAGGAUCUGAUCGGAAAGAAUGUCUAUGCGAACGACUGGAUGGUGAUGAACAUGAUGCAGAGCAGGGUUUUCCUCCGAGCGGUGAACCAAUUUACCUCGGUGCUCAACCGAUUCUUUCUGGAUCAAGCAAGCUUCGAACUCCAGCUCUGGAACAAUUACUUCCACUUGGCAGUAGCUUUUCUCACUCACGAAUCCCUCCAGCUGGAGAACUUCUCACAGGCCAAACGCAACAAAAUUAUCAAGAAAUAUGGGGACAUGAGGAAAGAGAUUGGCUUCAAAAUAAGGGAUAUGUGGUAUAACCUGGGCCCCCAUAAGAUCAAGUUCAUCCCAUCGAUGGUGGGUCCAAUCCUGGAGGUGACCUUGACACCUGAGUCCGAGCUGCGGAAAGCUGCCAUUCCCAUCUUCUUUGACAUGAUGCAGUGCGAGUUCAACUUCAGUGGGAACAGAAACUUUCAUAUGCUUGAAAACGAGUUGAUAACCAAACUGGACCAGGAAGUGGAAGGGGGCCGAGGGGACGAGCAAUACAAGGCCUUGCUGGAGAAACUCCUUUUGGAGCACUGCCGGAAGCACAAAUACCUGUCGAGUUCUGGAGAAGUGUUUGCUUUGCUGGUCAGCAGCCUGCUUGAAAAUCUCUUGGACUACAGGACCAUCAUGCACGAUGAAAGCAAGGAGAACCGUAUGAGCUGCACUGUCAAUGUGCUGAAUUUUUAUAAGGAGAAGAAACGGGAGGACAUAUACAUCAGGUAUCUGUAUAAACUUCGGGACCUACACAGGGACUGUGAGAACUUCACAGAGGCAGCAUACACUCUGCUUCUCCAUGCAGAACUCCUUAAGUGGUCCGAUAAGCCGUGUGCUCCCCAUCUGCUGCAGAGGGACAGCUACUAUGUUUAUUCACAACAAGAACUCAAGGAGAAACUCUACCAAGAAAUCAUCUCUUUCUUCGACAAGGGCAAAAUGUGGGAGAAAGCAAUCCAGCUAAGCAAAGAGUUGGCUGACAUGUACGAGAACAAAGUCUUUGAUUACGAGGGGCUUAGUAAUCUUUUGAAAAAACGAGCCACAUUUUAUGAGAAUAUUAUGAAGGCAAUGAGACCUCAGCCGGAAUAUUUUGCUGUUGGGUAUUAUGGGAUGGGUUUCCCCUCAUUCCUCCGGAAUAAAAUCUUUAUCUACCGUGGCAAGGAGUAUGAACGGAGGGAAGACUUCAACUUGAAAUUGCUGACCCAGUUUCCAAACGCCGAGAAGAUGACCAGCACUACACCUCCAGGAGAGGAGAUCAAGUCUUCCCCUAAACAGUAUGUGCAGUGCUUUAUAGUGAAGCCUGUGAUGAACCUGCCACCCAACUAUAAAGACAAGCCUGUUCCGGAGCAGAUCUUAAACUACUACAGAGCCAAUGAGGUGCAGCAGUUCACAUAUUCCCGGCCGUUUAGGAAAGGAGAAAAAGAUCCGGAGAAUGAAUUUGCGACCAUGUGGAUUGAAAGAACGACCUACACAACCGCCUACACGUUCCCAGGCAUCCUCAAGUGGUUUGAAGCCAAACAGAUUACGACGGAGGAGAUCAGCCCUUUGAAGAAUGCCAUCGAAACCAUGGAGCUAACCAAUGAGAAAAUCAGCAACAGCGUCCAACAGCAUGCCUGGGAUCGUGCCCUGCCUCUGCACCCGCUCUCCAUGCUGCUGAACGGCAUUGUGGACCCUGCAGUCAUGGGGGGAUACACCAACUAUGAAAAGGCCUUUUUCACGGAGAAGUAUCUCCAAGAACAUCCUGAAGAUCAAGAUAAAAUUGAACUACUUAAGCAAUUAAUUGCCUUACAGAUGCCUUUGCUGGCUGAAGGGAUUAGGAUUCAUGGUCAGAAACUGACUGAGCAGCUGAAGCCCCUGCAUGACAGGCUGACAACCUGCUUCAAAGAGCUGAAGAAGAAAGUAGAGAAGCUCUACGGUGUGAUAACUCUGCCUUCCUCCCUGACGGAGAGGAAGCAGAGCAGGUCAGGCUCCGUGGUAUUGCCUUACAUCAUGUCUUCCACGCUGAGACGGCUGUCUGUCACCUCUGUGACUUCCUCUGUGGUAUCUACGUCCUCCACCUCAUCUGACAGCACCUCCUCCAGGCCAGGAUCUGAUGGAUCCAUUCUCGAGCCUCUCUUGGAGAGAAGGCUGUCGACGGCUUCCAAGGCUGAAGAGCUGCCUGUCAAGGAAGACGCCGAUAACCGGAUUAACAAAUUCAAGCGGAAGGACCGGAGUAUUAGCAAGUCUCAGGUUAUUGUGGAGAAGGAGCCAGAAGCUGAACUGACUUCCAAAACGAGCACAUCAGAAAAAGCACAGAGACCAAAGAGUCUUCAGUUAGGAGACGGCAGACUGACACUGCAUCAGGCUUCCUCACUCCAGCAGUCAACCCCACUCAGCCCGCCCCCCAUCACUCCGAAAACCCCAAGAACCCACAGUUUUCCCUCAUUGCAGGCAGAUGGAUUGGCAACUGCUAACUUCCAGAGCACCCCACCUCCGCCUCCACCCAAGAGCAAACCCUAUGAGAAUAGCAACUCAAGGAACUCUUUGGAGGUUGCCCCACCACUGCCCAGCAGACGUGAAGUCAAACCUCCCCCUCCGCCUCCGAAAGCAAGAAAGUCCAGCGUCGUCUCUUCGGAGCAGGGAUUGCAAUAAGGAUUCCCUCUGCGUACCCUCUAACGCCUUGAGUGAAAUGGGCUGCUUUUCUGUUUCUGACACUCUGGCUCUUUCCAGCCCUAAAGACUGGUGAUCCCAUCUUCCAUUCCCUUCCCUGGGAGUUUUCCCCAGGUAAUUCCAAAAUAAGCCACUUGAACUGUAUAUACUUUGCAUUCCCAAUCCUCUGAUUUUCCUUGCACACAUUAAGACACGAAGCCCUAUGGGGAACUCUGUGAGCUUUAAAAUGGAGGCAGUGUUACCAGAAAUCUGAGACUCGUACCCCAAAAGGGCUUGUCUGUACUGGUGGUCGUUGCACAAGUGAAACGGCGUCAGUGCAAACCCCUUGUGCAGAGUUGCCCCGUUGGUGUAAAAAAGGAUUUGCAGCAGCACUUAAACCGAGGCAAGCCAGGUCCAUACAAAACACUUCUUAUACUGCCCCAGCACGUUUGCAUUACCGGUUGAUACCUAUGCAGCCCCACCGGUGGGGCGGAGGGUCAAGUGGGAGUAAGGGUGCCCUGAUUUGCAUGGAAUGGACCAGAUUACAGUCAUUUCCAUCUGUGAAAUGCAGCCCUGGGAGACGACGGGUCCUAACAUGUGAUGUUCCUCCUCAAUUCAAGCGGCCUCAUGAGGUUCUGAGUGUGUCUUGAGACCUGCUGGGAGCAAAAAUGAACAUCACCUGCAGGACCCCAAUGUCUCUGCUGGUCACCCCGUGUAUUAAAGGUGAGGGCAGGUUGCUCACACUUGGGCCAACAGUGGUGGUAGCUCACUCCCAGUGGAGAGUUUGGGUUCACCAGCGCUGCCUCAGACCUUUGCUUUUGAUCCUUGUUUGAAGACCGCAAAGCAGUUGAUGCUCCGCUUGUGUUGUCCCACCUCCUCAGCCUGUGUGCCCUCGGGACACACUACGACACCCCCCCCUUUUUUUUUUUAAAUAAUUGAACAAUGGUGCAAAAAAGUCCUCUCUCCUGUGGUACUCGUUGCUUUAGCAUUAACAGGUUGCAGUUAUCGGCAUGGGCAGCUCAUCAAGAGGACAGAGAUUAUGUCUCCAUUGUGAGGAAGGACCCACGCCGUGGCCGCAGCUGGCCCGGGUCAGCUGACUGAAGCUCCCGGGGCUUGGGCUGCGGGGCUAUAAGACAACAGUACAGAGGUUCAGGCUGGGGCUGGAGCCUGGGCUCUGGGGGACCCCACGAGUGGGGAGGGUCUCGGAACCCGGACCCCCAAGCAUCUACACUGUUGACGUUAGCAAGUGUGAAAAAUCAGCACACUUUUUUUUCCGGGGAUGGGGGUGGGGGGUUAGUUGUGUAUAUAAGACAAAGUCCCUGAUAUCAGGACGUUUGGUCACCCAAGUUGACCUCGGCUCUGAGACUUGGUUUUUAUCACAGUAUAGAUGUACAUCUGAAUCUCGUAACCCAAGCUCAAUAACCAUUAGCUUUUCAAGUCCCAGUUGAACUCUUGGCCGACAACCUUCCAAUCCAUGCACUCACAAACACACCCCCUUACUGUACCCUGUUGUUGCAACUCUCCUUGUGCCUUUUGUCUGGGAGCUUCCAUUGUGUUCUGCACACAAAACGCUUGGCCUAACUUUUAACAAUCACUAAACUCAAAUGAGUCGCACCUAGGCCUGAGAGGGACGUGAAAGACUGGGCCGUUCACCCUGAAGUUUCUGGUUUCUUGGGUUGCUCCGGUUCCUUGUGGGCUGUGUUUGGUGAAUUUGACAAUUAUGCUGUUUAGGGAUAUUUUAUGGAAUUGGUUCUAAUUCUUCUCUCUUAAUUAGUUAUUCCUUUCUUCUGUUGUUUUCAGUGGAUGGCAGCAGCAUUCUGUUUAAUAAGUUUUCACUGCCUGAUAGUCUAAAUUUUCCCUUCUAUAACUUCAUUCCAUUACUCCUAUUUAUACUGCCACUUGCCACCCUAAAUAAUUCCUUCCUCUGCUUGGUGUCAAUAUCCUUCAAAAGCAUGUAGACCAGUUUUGCGGUCCCUCCCUCAGGGCGUGAUCCAGAGACCGCUGGAGUCUAUGGGCAUCUUUCUAUUGAAUUUGGCGGGCUUUGGAUCAGGCCCUUCAUCAUCACUUGUCCCAAUAGGUAGGUCAUUAUCAUAACUCUUGUAAUCUUGUUUCAUAAAUCACUCUCUCCAGCACCCUGCUCAUUUUCAUCGCUCUGAACUCUGUCCGUAUUUUUCUGGUCACAUGAUGAUCUGAAUAGCUGAGGUCAAUUUUAAAAUGUGUGCUUGUUCUUUUUAGCUCUGCAAAACAAAUGAAAGAACUAGGUGGACUAUAUUCUGCAUUCCCUUUCUCUGUCUCGGCUUGUAUAUUAUGAUUAUCACCCAAGUAUCUUAAGUUAUGUCUACACUACAAUAAAAAGUCCAUGGCACCGAGACUCAAAACCCGGGUCAGUUGACAUGACCUCCCAGGACUUGGGCUGCAGGGCUAAAAAUAUCAGUGCAGAUGUUUGGGCUGGGAAUGUAGCCCGAGCCCAGACUUUGAGGUCCUCCCCACUGUGGGGUCUCAAAGCCUGGACUCCAGAUCGAGCCCAGUCAUCUACGCUGAAAUUUUAUAGCCCCACAGCCCGAGCCCAAGUCAGCUGAUGCAGCCAUGCCCUGAGUCUUUACUGCAAUGUAAACAUACUCUGUGUGACUGGAUCAAAAACCCUUCUGCUAAGUUCUGAUUGCUGAAUCCUUAUGCCUCUCGUGAUGAUUUUGGUUCAGCCCUGUCCUAGCAAUGGAUCCACCUGCAAAUGUGGUGGCAAUUCAGAUCUGGAGCCAAACUUUGCAAGUGGAGCAGAGCUUUGGUUCGGGACCAUCUCUAAUUAGAAGGCCAGAUCCUCCAGUGGUUUAAAUCAUAUAGAGCCACUGAAAACACUGCUGAGGAUGUGGCCUGCAAUAUUCAAAACAUUUAUCAUAUUUUUAACAUAGGCCAUUUCAACAUAAUUUCUCUUGCUAUUGCUAUACAAACUAGUUUCAUUACCUCAUUGAAAAACAAAAGGCUUUUAAGCCUUAGUAAAACACUGUCCAAUAGUAUAGCAAUCUUAUUGUAAUUAUUUUUAUUCAGACUGGAACUAUCCGAUCUUCUGUAAUAUGUUUCUUUGGUGUCUGUUUGGAUGAAAACAGAAACCUGCAGAAACUGCAUUCACUGUGCUGCCCGUAUGGCUCCCUAAACAGAUUGCAUUCAUUAAAGGCUCAUAUCAGAUUCACAUCACAAAAUAAGUUGGAGACAUUUUAGAAGUCACACUGCAGUCACAUCAUAUAUGCCUACAGCUGUGUUUGCUAUAGUGCACACACAACUGUCUUUUGGGCAGCUGCCUUCUCCAGGGAAAGCUCUGAAAACCUUUCUGAACAUCUUGACCAUAUUCCACCCCUGCCUCCAAUCCCCAGGGCAUCAUAGAGAUUGUCAGUUCCACAUUACAUUCUUGGACACAGACAUUGCUUGACUUGAAAACCUCAGGGUUUUCUUUUUUUGUUCCUCCCCCCGCCCCGACUUUUCCUGCCAUCCCUGAUACACGCGCACACAAAAUCCUGAAAUCCUUACUCAAAACCCUCACUGAAGUCCAUAAGAAUUUUGUCUGAGCGAGGACUGUAGGGUCUGGUACAAGUGAAUAGCGUGUGUGCAUAUUUCACCUUGUCUUAAUUGUCACCUUUCCAGUACUCCACCGAUCAGCCAGUAUCAGCCACAUACUUACUUAAUUUCCUUGCAAAAGAGGGAAUAUUCCGAGCACAAAAUGGAUGUCAUGGUACAUUUCCUCUCGCUCUUUAUAUCAGGCGGAAAGCAUGAAUGUUUGCAAGAACUACAGCAAGUGGCUUUUCCCACCAUGAGUAAGAGAGCUAGGCAGGGAUAUUGCAGUACUGUCUGGUUCAUGUCUAGUUUUAUUUCUGUGUUUUGAUCUACUCCAUUAGCCUGGUAUAUUUUGGAUGCUUGCCAACUGUAUGUAAGAGGAGAAAUGGGCCUGAUCAAAAAGCCCAGAUUUGAACAACCCUCAAAUUUGGAAAGAACUUUGCAGCCUUAACUCUAGAAUGAGCCAAACUCAAAACCUCAAUCCAGACACCCCCGAACUUUGGAUCCAAAUCUGACCUCUAGCAACAUUUCCUCCUUCCAGCUCUGUUUUAAAUUCCUGUUCUUUCCCAUUUUUCAGCCUUGGUACGGAGAGGAUUGAUGGACAAAGUACCUGGUAUGUAAGGGGUUAAAACUCUGCCAUCCAGAGAGAGCUGCUAACUGUUAGGAUUGUCAGCAGUUACUUUCCCUCCUGCUUGUUGUAACUCAACAGCACUAACACCCGAGUUACCAAGCGGCUAAACUAAUCACCUAAGGCUAACACAGACAGGAGAGCUGUAGGAAGCUCUGUCUAUUGACUCUGAACUUCAAGAAGCUUCAGGCUUUUUUUGUUGUUGUUUUGUGGAGCUGUGGCUGAUACAAGCCACAGUUUGAUUCUUGGCCUUCAUUAUGGGUUGAGCUCUUAAACAGGUUGUUCUCUGGUACCAACUUGCCUAACAACUUCCUUACGGUUUGCCUUGAUGUGUUGGCUGCACAAUUCAGGCUUUGCUUCUUGAUGGUGUGUCGUCUGGCCAGUUUGAGAUUGUUUAGACCUCACUUCUACAGGACGGGGACAGGGCAGCUGGUGCAUAAGGAGGAUGUGGAGGAUUUGAGAGGUACUGUGUAUUUCCUUCAUCUUUAAACUGUCACUUGAGGAUGGGGGCCAAUAGUUGGGGGAGGUUUUUUUUGCCAUGUCUUCAAUCUGUCUCUAACUUGUGUUAGCCUCUCCUACUCCCUUUCUUCUCAUUGGGUGGAAAACAUGCUCAUGAAUGGAAGUUUGUUUCCUUAGAGGUGUAUUGCUGACUGGGCUCAAGGGGUCAGAUCCUCAGCUGGUAUAAUUCAGAUUGUCUCUGUUGAAGACAAGGGGCAAAAUUUUCAAGUAUCAAAGUGAUUUAGGAGCCUUGUUCCCAUUUUCAGAAGAGACAGAGGCGCUUAACUGCCAGAUUUUUAAAGGUAUUUAGGCAUCUAAGGAUUAAAUCUGUGGGAGCUUGGCAUUUCUGAAAAUCCCACAAGAUACCUUAUCUGCAUCAUUAGGCUCCUAAAUAGCUUUGAAAAUCUGGCCCUUAGAAACCUAAGUUUCAUGGAAAGUAAAUGGGACUUAGGCACCUAAAUCCAUUUUGAUAAGGGGAGUUAAGCUUCUAAAUUCUUGGAAUGCUUUUGAAAAUUUUACCCAGUCUCUCCCAAGGAUGACAAAAAAACAAGUCCCACCAUGAUAUAAUCAGUCCACGGCAGAAAUGAAAGCUUACUUCUGUGCUGACCGUAACGUUAAAAAACCCAAACCUGGAAACCAAAAAUCUAGUCUGCAUUGAAAUAUAUACGUAAUGUCACUUCCUAGCUACGCUGUUCAAAAUGAGUGUUAGGUUUUGAGUCCCAGAACCUUUUAAAUCCCAAUUGACAGUUUUCCUAAAAGAUCUGCUUUAGUUCGGACAAGAAUUAUUUUAGGGAAGUUCCCUGGCGUGCAUUAUACAGGAGGUCCGACUAGAUGAUCACAAUGGUCCCUUCUGGCCUUGCUAGUCUAUUCACAUUUUUUCCACUGAGAAAUUUGUGUGACCCUUGCUUUUUGGGUGCUUUUUAAUUAAAAUUUGUAAUGCCAGGAUAAAUUUGAUUUAAAAUAUUACAGGUUCUUAUCCAUGCCUGGGGGAGAAAUGGGCACUUUUCCCUUUCAGUGGAUUAUUAGAUUAGGAAAGGAGGUUGACUCAAGUGAAAAGUGUUCUGGGCGGAGCAGUGGCAGACAAUGCAGCCGUGCCUAUCGAGAAGGAGUGGAAAAUUUGCAUCUAAUAAACUUUCCUACUUUGUGCCAGCCAGCAUACCUUCCACAAAUGAACCGUGAGUUAGACUUGUAGUGAUAAUGUAGGAUUCAUUGCUCCAGACUUACUGUCCUUAUUUAUUUUUAUAAUUGUAAAUGGAAAUAUUAAAAAGACUGAUAUGUCUGUAAUUUAACUGUAAUUUUUUUGGGGGGGUAGUGAAAACAUUCCUGACUACGGCUGGUUCCCUGUUUCAAUCCCAGCUGUUUGUUAAAAGCUGUUCUAUCAUAUAUAUGUCGCUGUUUUCAUUUCCAGCAACAGCUGUAGACCAAACUAUGUAACUGCCCCGCAAGAACCUCCCUCUAAGAUUCCAGGGGAACCUGAAAACACCUGCGUAGCAUGGUCAAACUGAUCUUCUGACAUUAAAGGGAGUGACUUUCAAAUGCACACGCCCAGUGUUGGCCUAACUCGGGCCAGGUUUACACUACACACUUCAGUGUAACUAGGUCGCUCAGGGGUGUGAAAAAUCCACACCCCUGAGCAAUGAAGUUAUAUGGACCACAUAGACAGCACUAUGUCAGCAGGGGAGUUUCUCCUGCCAACGUCGCUACCACCUCUGCCAGAGGUGGAGUAACUAAGCUGAUGCGUGAGCUCUCUCCUGUUGGCUUAGAACAUCUUCACAGUGCCACAGAGGUGUAGCUGCACUGUUUGUAGUAUAGACUGGCCCUCAGCUUCCACUGUGUCCCACUAGCGUAAUAGCCUAAUGAGAACUGAGUUAAGAUCAUCAUGCCACAUACCGUUAACAUAUACAGAUGAUGUUGGCCUGAUCUGUCUCCCUGUAUGUGUUACUUAAUGACAUUGGUAUUAUGACCAUUUAAUACCAGCAGUAGGGGAUAUGUUCCUCUUGAAUGCCAGGGAAACUUACUUUUAUGUUGCGGCAUAACAUGACCAGGUUGAUUCCUUGGAGGUACUUGACUUGAUUAUUUAAGUUUUUAAAACCACUGUGGGCUGCAAGUAGCUUCAUAGCCCCCUGCAGCUGACUCACCCAUACACACAGCUUUUCAACUGGUUCUGAAGACAGGGCCAGAGCCAAGCUUUGGAAAAGGGAUUCUGUGCCUCUGAUUAAAUAGCAUAUUAUUUACUGAGACUGUAAAGCAAGGUGUACAAAUGUACGUGUUUGGAAAACAGUGUGUUUACUGUUGUAAAGUUUGUAAAUAUUUUUUUAAAUAAAUGUAGAUUGAGCAAACUGGGGAAAAAACA